GACGACAGAUGCUAUUCUAUUUACUGUAAUCUCAAUUUUCUGCUUGAAACAGUGGAGGUGACAUUCACUUGAUCCUGUUAAAUAAUGAUAUAGAAAAUGGAUUUUAGUUCCUCAUCUGUCUUUGAUCAGCAUAAAGGUGACUCCUCAGAGGAAAUUGAUCUCACUGUGGUUUAUCAGGCAGCAUCCAGUGGAGAUAUCAACACCCUUACUGCAGUGAUCCGUGAGGACCCUGCCAUUUUGGAAUGCUGUGACAAUGAAGGCUCAACUCCAUUGAUGCAUGCAAUAUCAGGCCGGCAACUAGAUACAGUAAAGCUGCUACUCAAGAUGGGGGCUUCUAUCAAUACUGAAGAUGCCUGUGGAAGAACUGCCCUAUCUUUAGCUACGUACUUGGGCUGGCUAGAUGGUUGUGUAACACUACUCCGAAAUGGUGCCAAACAAAAUAUCCCAGAUAAAAAUGGAAGACUUCCCCUUCAUGCAGCCACUGCUGAAAAUAAUGUCAGACUCCUGGCUCUACUGUUGCAGAAAACCACAAUGUGUGAAAUAAAUCACCAAGACAACGAAGGAAUGACUCCACUCCAUUGGGCUGCUUUUCAUAACCGGCCACAACAUGUCCAGGCUUUACUGCAAAAAGGAGCUGACCCAACCUUGGUUGAUAAAGACUUUAAAACAGCCCUUCAUUGGGCAGUGCAGAGUGGGAAUAGAGUCAUGACCUCUAUCAUUUUGGAUCAUCACCUGACCCCAUCCAUAAUAAACUAUGAUGAUGAAAAUGGAAAGACUAGUGUUCAUAUAGCAGCAGCCGCCGGAUACAGCGAUAUCAUCUACGAACUAGCAAGGAUACCAGAAUGCAAUUUGCAAUCACUCGAUGUGGACGACAGGACACCACUUCAUUGGGCUGCUGCUGCAGGGAAGGCAGACUGUGUACGGUCUUUGAUACAGCUCGGCGUAGACAGCAGUCCAAGAGACAUCAACGAAAACACUCCUUUAACAUAUGCAAUGUACUGUGGGCACACAGCAUGUGUUAAGCUUUUCUCACAGGAAAAUAAAUCUGAUGCUAUAAGACAGCAACCUGCCCAAAGCAAGAAAAAAGAGGGACGCUUCAGUGUACUGAACCAGAUAUUUUCCUGUAAGAAGAAAAAAGAUGAACAAAAGGUCACUUGGAAAGACAAAAAUAGGGAUAAAUGUCUAAGAGAUGAAACUUCUGAAGUUGAUGACAUUAUAACAACUUUUGACUGCAUCUUGGAUCCCAACAACUGUGAUGACCUGGAGGAACAGGCAGAGAAGAAUAGACCAAGGAAAACAACCACAGAACUAACAAUUCGAAGACGCCAGCAAUCAAACAAAAAACAAAUAUACAAAAGUCUUCCCCCUAUACAAACAGAGAGCCUCCCACCAUUAAUUCAUAGCAGGCCUCUGUUUUCAAAUUCACCUUGCAUGGUUCAGAACACAGACAGUAAAUCUAGUACACAUCACUUUGCACACAGGUCUCAAAAAAGCCGCAGUGAACUUGACUUGUUUGAGAAUCGAACCAGCACUCAACAAAUUUUAGAAUGUCUGUGGGCUAAAGAUACCAACCAUAUUUUGCCUCACAAAGCAUGGACUGCUCCUCCUUCGACAAAGCUGCUGGAAGUUUUUCUGCAAGAAAGAGCCAAACAAGUGGAACUCGCACAUCAUCCUCACAUCCCUUACUUACAUAACAAUCCUAAAGGAAAUGUACAUAUAACCCCCCUUGAAAGAAAGAAAGUUAAAGAUUCACUUCCUGCAAGAUCCUACCUAAGUCCUAUUGCUGAUGACUCGGCUCAUAAAUGUAAUCAAUCUUCAGAAAUGGCAAACAUUAGAGCACUGCCUCAGAACUCUAUAUGGACUGCUCCAGUAAAUACCCCACCAAGACUUCCUUCAAGAAUACAAAGAGAGGAAACUGGCCAAAGUCAUUUGCCAGUCAUACCAGGUGAUUCUAUGAAGGUCAACCCUGUACUUCCUGCUAUCCCAUCUCAGAAGAAAAGUACACAUUCAGAAGACUCGUUCAAGUGUGAAACCAAAUCCCAGACAGAGAGUCAAUAAAUGUAGGAAAGUAGAUGAAAAAU